UAAUAUAUAUUUUUGUUUUAAAUUAGACAAAAGGCACAGAAUUUCGAUAGUGACCCACUUCAUUUGAAAAAUGAGGUUUCAGUCACUGUCUCAUUGGGACGCAGCCAUUGAGUCAGUCAUAUCAGUGAUAGUACUUUUCCCGAUCAGGUGGGCGUUUCCUCACUGAGGGGAGCUCCUCUCACUCUGUAUCUCGCUCUGGAUGCUGCUGCUUCCGCUGCUGCUAUUCAUCAUAAUAAUCGGAGAGAGAGAGAGCUGAUAAGGCAACAGUAGCUGCUGCAUGUCUCUGCGUAUGAAUUAUACAGACUGAGCCUCUCUCUCUCUCUCUCUCUCUCUCUCUCUCUCACACUCUCUCUCUCUACAUGCUGCUGCUGCUGCAGCUGCGGGCUGGAGGAACUGUCUGCACAGCGAGCGCCUGCUGACUGACUUUAAAGAGCUGAAGGAGAGGGAAGAGCUGUUGCAUAACCCGCAGAGCACAGCGCGCGCACACACAUACAUGCACGCGCACACACACACACAUGCACACACAUACACAUUACAGAGGCACGCGCACCGCACACUGGCAGCAGCGGUGGCGACAGCAGCAGCGCUUUAUUUGAAAACCCAAUGGCGCCAAUACAGGAAAAUACCUUGCGUUAGUCUAAAACUGAGUGGUUUGCGUGUUUUUGCGUGAUUCUCACUCUGCUGGACUCAGCCGUGGAUUAUACAUUACUUAUCCAGAAAUGACUCGUUAUGCUGGACCUUUGGAGAGGAGCAGGACGCAUCAGUGCGUAAAACUACAGUGAACUUUGGAUGGUCUGUUUUUCCUCAGCUAUGCUGCUGGGCGCUGUGCGCGUUCACGUUCUUCACCAUCAUCAUCAGCAACAGCAGCAGCAGCUGCAGCUGCAUUAGCAGCAGGAGCAGGAGCAACAAUAGUAGCAGUAGUAUUAGUAGUAGAAGUAGCAGUAGCAGUACCAGUACUAUGGACCUGGAGCCUUCCGAGCCUAAAGACUGUUAACUGCGUCUCCCAGACUUCAAACCUGCGUUUCUCCACUAGAAGCCGUUCAAAUGCUGGAAUGGAUGAGCGCUGUGUGCAUGCUCGUCCUGGUGGCCACAUUCUGGCCGGUGUUGAAGCGCUUGUUGGAGGCAUGCACUUCAGACACCGAGCAAACCAACAAGCCAGUGCAAGUGCAGCAGGAGGGUCCACCACCAGCAACACCAGCAGCAGCAGCACCAAAACCACCAGGACCACAAGGACCAGGUGCAGCCCAAGCUCAAGCUCCACAGCUUGCGUUCAUCUGCAAGCCCUCCGCCCUGGCCAACUACCUGCUCCAGCACUGCAAGAGCUUCUGCAGAGCCGACUCAACCGCAGCCCCAGCCUGGAGCUGGAGGAGCUUCCCCGCUCUGCAGACCCUGUUCGGUGCUCUCUGGCCUCACGAGUCCACCGUACAUUUCGUCCGAGACCAUCUACAGCUGACCGACGACGGACUGGUGGCUCUGGACUGGGCUGUUGGUGGUGGUGGUGCUAGUGGUGGGGCACAUCACAUUAAGAGGAGAAGGACUUCCAGCAAUUCCACCAGCCCCAUUCUUCUCAUCAUCCCCAACUCGUUUGGGAAGAUCACAAGGAAUGUGCUGAAGCUCUGCGAGGCGGCUCUGAGUCAUGGCUACCUACCCGUGGUGUUUAACCGCCGCAGUCAGAACAGCACACCCCUCAGCACCGUCAAGCUGCAGCAGUUCGGUGACCCGGCUGACCUGAGGGAGGCUGUGCGCUACAUUCGCUAUCGGCAGCCGGCCGGUCGUCUGUACGCUGUGAGUGAAAGCACGGGCUCCGGACUCCUCCUGUCUUAUCUGGGGGAAUGUGGUUCAUCCAGCUAUGUGACCGCCGCUGCCUGCCUGUCCCCUAUUUUCCGCUGCCAGAGCUGGUUCGAGAGUGGUCCCUCCUGGCCCUUCAACUGGGCCCUAGUGCUCUACCAGAAGAUCUGCCUUAGCAGGUACAGAACAGCGCUGAGCGAGGUGAUCCACACUGACAGCCUGUUCUCCAGCAGCUCUCUGAGGUCCAUGGAAGAGGUGCUCUUUUGCCAGGCUGGCCUGAAAGGGGUGCAGGUCGAGGGGGCCUGGGAGGCCUACUGGGAGCGGAACGACCCGCUAAGGGACGUGGACGAGGUGGCCAUCCCCGUGCUGUGCGUGUGCAGCCGGGACGAUCCCGUCCGUGGUGAGUCUCAGGCCACGCUGCCCCUGGAGCUCUUCGAGAGCAACCCGCACUUCUUCCUGCUGCUUUCUGCUCAGGGUGGACACUGUGGGUUCUCCAUGUCUGAGGAGGACCCCAUGCUCUGGAGCCACCAGGCUCUGCUGGAGUUCUUUAGAGCCACCACAGACUUCUUCGCCGCUGAGGAGAGGUCUAAGCUGGCGGCGAGACGAAGAGGGCUCAGUGGGGCUGGAAAGUCUUUCCGUCAUCGCAGCGUGAGCACCUGCAAGAGGCAGCCUGUCUGCUCCCACAACAUCCAUGCGAUCUACAACUGGCAAAGGUCCUAUACCAGAUGAUGAGCACUGAUGAGUUUCUUUAACUUGAAAUAGGAGUUUGGGGGAGAGCUGUGUGUUGUGGACCAAGGAUGCAGUGACAAUCACAAAAUCUUGGAUAUGCACGUAUAUUCAGUCUACACAAAUAUUUUUUAUGUAUCUGAUCUGGCCAAAAUUUAUUUUAAAAUAUAUUUCUUAAUUUUGGGCAAGACAAUAUAAUUUCGAUAUUAAUAUGAACAAUAUAAAUGCCACAGAUGCAAAAACUGCCAAACAUGCCCACAACAGAAAAAAAAAACUUCUGAAAAUUGAAUUUUGCCCACUGUAAUGUCUGUUAGGCCAGUGAAUUUUGUUGGAUAAUAUAUUGUACUGAAAUUAUUGCAACUGCCGAUAUAUUUUAUUGUAAUUUAAAGGUUAAAAAGUUAAAAGUUUCAUGCCACUGAUUUAAUGAUAAUACAGUACCAUAAUAUUGCAGUUACACAUUACAUUUUAAAAAGCAAUUAACAUUUAAUUAUUGAGACAUUUUAAUCAAACUAUAAAAGUUCUUAAAUGUCCAACACAAAUAAAAACAUAAAAAAUUUAAAAACACAGUCAUGUUAAUGGAUUAAUCACAAUGGGUACUAAUGAGGUCAAUAAAUUACAAAUUAUUGAGGUCAGCAAAUUAUUAAGGUCAUGUCCAUAUAUAAAGUUUGAUAAAUUGAUAAUGAUGUUAUUGUGACAUUCUCUGAAAAUGUAUUUUGAAAAAUAUGAAGAAACGUGUUUUAAAGGAGAACUCCGAUUUCUCAGUUUUAAAGGAGAAAAGCGAUUUAUGUGCAGGGGCAAAUUAUGCCCCGUUAAAACCCAUUCUAGUCUUUUCAGAAAAAAAUGCACAAAAUUACUGUAAUCUCGGAAAGCUGCGGGAGAACGGAGGUGGGCUAUUCAACCAAGGUUAGUACUCCUUAUCAUGUUUUACUACACAAAAAGUCAGUUUUACACUGGAGUUAUCCUUUAAAAACAUCUCAAUACUAAAAAGAAAUCAUAUCUACACACCAUACAGUAUAUUGAUAUUAAAUUAUUGUCUAGAUCGAUUUUAUUCCAAAUUAAAUACCAGAACUGAAUAAUUGAAGUGAUGUAAAAUAACUUGACUUACCGAGGUAAAACCAUGGUGCUUCCAUUCUCUCUAUAUUUCAUUCCCUCGUUUCUUGUGUUUGAAGUUUUGAAGAUCUCACUGUGUUUAAAACAUCUUGCACAUAAACUGAUGAACUGAUUAAGCUCCUCAGGACUUGGGCAUGCAGUUUUCAUGAGACGUCCUCUCUGUGUGAAGAAUGACUGACUAUGUUGUUAUGUCUGAGGAGCUCUGGGAAGGUGGAAUACCUGUUAUCAGAGCUUUACAAUGGGAGAACGUGUAGGAUAUUUAUACUUGUCUCAUUAAUGUAUGUUUAAGUGUGUGUUUUGUUUGUGUGUGUGUGUGUGAGCGUAUUUGUCAGAAUUGCUAUGUGUUUUGUAUUCCACACUGAAGUUUGCAGGGUAUUUUUCGGCAGUGGGUGGAACUAGACUGUGGUUUCUCACUGAAAACCCAAAAGCUGGGUGGUAUGCCAGUUUCCCCCCAAGUGUUUUUACUAUUUGUACUACAGUUCUACUGUCCAAUCUGUGUUUAGUUGUUAAAUUAUAUACAUGCCUGAUGAAGGAUGUUAAAUAAAUAAAAGAUUUAUCUAAACCACAGCCUCUAGUUUCAUGUUUAUUCAAAGGACACUGAUAUGCUAAAUGUCAUGGCAGAUGAGACCUGCAUGAUACACUAUAUUACUGACAAUAUUUGCUUGUCUGCUUUUCACAUAUGACUCUGGAAACAAAUAAGAGACCACUUAAAAAUUGUGAGUUUCUUUGAUUUUACCAAUUUAAAAACCUCCUAAAUAUAAACAAGAGAAAGAAGGAUGAUCACAAGCCAUCAAACCAAGCUGAACUGCUUGAAUUUUUGCACCAGGAGUGGCAUAAAGUUAUCCAAAAGCAGUGUGUAAGACUGGCGGAGGAGAACAUGCCAAAAUGUAUGAAAACUGAGAUUAAAACCAGGGUUAUUCCACCAAAUAUUGAUUUAUGAACUCUUAAAACUUUAUAAAUAUAAACUUGUUUUCUUUGCAUAAUGUGAGGUCUGAAAGCUCUGCAUCUUUUUUGUGAUUUCAGACAUUUCUCAUUUUCUGAAAAUAAAUGCUCUAAAUGACACUAUUUUUAUUUGGAAUUUAGGAGAAAUGUUGUCUGUAGUUUAUAGAACAAAACAACAAUGUUCAUUUUACUCAAACAUAUACCUUUAAAUAGCAAAAUCAGAGAAACUGAUUCAGAAAAUGAAGUGGUCUCUUAAUUGUUUCCAGAGCUGUAAAUGAACUUGAGUGACAUCCCAUUCUAAAUCCAUAGGAUCCAAGAAUGCGGAAAACGGACAACUUUAAAAAAAUAUUGUCCCACCCAUUUGCCACUGUCAGACCUCAAAACUCCCAUGAUUUAGGUCAUCUUACAAUAAGCAUGCUGGCCAUUGUUUAACCUCACCCACAGAAUAACAAGAUAACUCCUCACAACAUAUACAGGUGUGGGUGUUCCCAAGCUACUCCCUGAGAUAUCACUCCAUUAAAAUGCUGUUGUUUUACAUUCUGCUAUCCCAUGGUUUUGGCAUGUUGGUGUAUAUGUUACUUGUAUUGGGUGCAGUGUUUGUUUACUAUAGAAAGCAGGCAGAGCAUUAAACAUUGAUGUUACAUAA